AUGGCAGACAACAAAAAACAGAAAUUGGUAACAGGGCUUACAUCUCAUCCCAAGUAUAUCCCUGCCUGGUAUAACUACGAUGAUGUCGGAUCUAAACUUCAACAUGAAAGUGGUGAGAUAAAUCGGGAUUACUAUCUUACGAGGAGUCAGAUAUCUUUCUUGGAGUUAAAUGUGCAGGAUAUCAUCCCGAGGGAUUCAAAUGAAUUGACCUUGGUUGACCUCGGAAGCGGAAACUGCUCUAAAACGAGAUAUGUAAUAGAUGAGCUGAUGAAACGGCAGAAAAUGGUCCAGUUUUAUCCAGUGGACAUCUCUGGUGAUUUCCUGAUGAAAGCUUCAGCAGUGUUGUCAGAGGUAUACGAUAAUUCACUUGUUAUCCGACCAAUAGCUGCAGAUUACGAACAAGGAAUUAUACAAUUAAAGCAUGCCAGUGGUGUAAAGUUCAUUUUAUGGUUUGCUAGCAUGAUGAACAUGUCGUAUGAUGACCAAGUGAAUACUCUCAGGAUGAUAUCUUCGAUAAUGACAGACAAAUGUCGACUUGUGAUCAGUGUUGACAUCACACAAGAUAAAGAGGCUAUACUUAAGGCUUACAAUGACGAUGCAGGUGUGAAAAGAAGAUUCUACCAAUAUGGAAUUGAAAGGUUGAACAAAGAGGAAGGAAGUGUGAUCGACCUGGCGAGGUUCACGUAUGGGAUAGAUUUCGUAUCUGAUUUGAGCCCAGGGUAUAUGAGCUACGUAAGAGCAUAUAUGCAAGCAAAGGAAGACAUGCAAUGUCCAAUACCUGGAUUAGAAAUCGAUUUAGAUAUAAAGAAGGGAGAACGCAUUUAUUUUCAUGAAGGUGAAGGACUCAGCUGCAAAUAUACGCUGGAACAGAUACAAAAUAUUGUACACAAGGCUGGACUUUGCUUGACAGGCACCUGGAUGGAUGAAGGAAAGCACGUUGCUUUCUGUCAGUGUGCAGUGGUACAAAAUGGGUUUUACUGGUGCUGUGCUUCUCAUAUAGUGGGUGGUGAUAUUCAUUCCGAUGUUCUUCAAACUCUUAUUGAGGCAGAAGGGUUAACAAGGAAGCGGUCUAUUGGGGUAAAGCUUGAUAACGCCAGUUUGCCUGAUUUCCCAAAGUUAUCAGAACCAGAGUUGAGUGAUCUUACCAUGGGGGUAUAUCAGCUGAAACAGGCAAAAUCCUAUACCAAAGUGCACUUAGCUGAAGAUGGUCAGUAUGAACUUAUGCUAUGCAGGGAGAAACCUGACUUGAUCAAAGUUCAGAUUCGUUCACGAUAUGUUGCUUCGAAAAUGUAA